AUAUAAUAUAUAGACUUCCUCUAAUAUUUCUAAUGAAGUAAAAUAUGGCUACAACGUGACAGCAUCAAAGUCUUCUUGGUUUUAAGACGUGACCAGCCUAACGACCCAACCAAACCUACUUGUCUAUUCCUUCUUCCCACCCUCUAAAACCACCCCCCUACCUUCUCUACUUUCAGAUCAUCAAGCCCUCAAUUUCCAGCAGAAAACAUGGCUAACUCAGCUUCUGGGAUGCAUGUAAGCGAUGAGUGCAAGCUCAAAUUCUUGGAGUUGAAAGCAAAGAGAAAUUAUAGGUACAUUAUUUUCAAAAUCGAUGAGAAGGCUCAGCAAGUUAUGAUAGACAAGCUUGGGAAUCCAGAAGAAACUUACGACGAUUUCACCGGAUCUAUUCCAGAGGACGAGUGCCGAUAUGCUGUCUAUGACUUUGAUUUCACCACUCCUGAGAAUUGCCAGAAGAGCAAGAUCUUUUUCAUCGCAUGGUCACCUGAUACAUCAAGAGUGAGGAGUAAGAUGUUGUAUGCAAGCUCCAAGGACAGAUUCAAGAGGGAAAUGGAUGGGAUUCAAGUUGAAUUGCAAGCAACAGAUCCUAGCGAGAUGAGCCUCGACAUCAUCAAGGGACGAGUCAAUCUCUGAAUGGAACUUAUAAACUAAUUCCAUCUUCAUUCGUUUCACUCAAAUUCAUACUAUCUGCUUUUGCUUUCUUUGGGUUUUCCGUUUUACAUUGUUCACUCUUUGUAUUUUCUGUGAUUCAUGGUCUCAACUCUUUUUUUAUUGGAACGUAAUCAUCAUAAUAAUAGUUAAUUA